GCGGCUGUCAGAGCUCAACCAAUCAGCGUUGACUUUACAGUGAGGCGCUCCAGAAUGAUACAGAACGGAGGGGUCGGUGUUAAGUCAUGAACUUUAGUAACUUCUUCAGACCCCUCGGUUAAGUGCACCUUCAACCAUGCCUGUGACAUCUCAGCUGCUCAGGGGUUUGCCUCGUGCCAAGGUCUUGGCGUCCAGUCUGUUACCAUGCCAACAACACCAGUCCCAAUUAGUACCCAUUUCUCACAGACCUGCCUCAAGACGGUCCUCUCACAUCUGGCAGAGCCACCAGCACUCAAGAAGUUACCGGACAACCUCGGUGCUCCGCAGCUACGUCCUAUCGCCCCCGCAGGUCAACUCUAUUCUGAAAGCCAACGAGUACAGCUUCAAGGUGCCAGAGUUUGAUGGAAAGAAUGUGUCAUCAGUGAUGGGUUUUGAGAGUAAUCAGCUGCCGGCUAACGCUCCUAUAGAAGACCGUCGAAGUGCAGCCACAUGCCUGCAGACGCGAGGAAUGCUGCUGGGUGUGUUUGAUGGCCAUGCUGGCUGUGCCUGUGCACAGGCGCUGAGUGAGAGGUUGUUUUACUACAUAGCAGUGUCUCUGCUGCCCCACAACACACUGUGUGAGCUCGAGGCAGCUGUGGAGGCCGGCAGGGCCCUCAGUCCCAUUCUGCAGUGGCACAAACACCCCAACGACUACUUCAGCAAGGAGGCUCAGACUCUUUACUUCAACAGCCUCCGAACCUACUGGCAGGAGUUAAUAGAUCUCACCAGCCCAGGGGAAGUUCCAGACACCCGUGAGGCCUUGUUGAACGCCUUCAAGAGGCUGGACAAUGACAUUUCCCUGGAGGCUCAGGUUGGAGACCCGAACGCUUUCCUGCACUACUGGGUCCUGAGAGUGGCCUUUUCUGGAGCAACGGCCUGCGUGGCUCACAUCGAUGGAUCAGACCUAUUUAUAGCCAAUUCAGGAGACGCUCGGGCAGUGUUGGGGGUGCAGGAGGAGGAUGGUUCAUUCAGCGCUCACACGCUCUCUAAUGACCACAGCGCCCAGAAUGAGGAGGAGGUGGCUCGGAUACGAAGUGAACACCCUCCAUCAGAGAGGAAGACCGUUAUACGACAGGACCGGUUGCUCGGCCUCCUCAUGCCGUUACGUGCGUUUGGAGACGUAAAGUUCAAAUGGAGUAUUGAUCUGCAGAAGUGUGUCUUAGAGUCUGGACCUGAUCAGCUCCAUGAAAACGAGCAAACCAAGUUUAUCCCUCCAAACUACCACACCCCCCCCUACCUGACUGCCGAGCCUGAGAUCACCUACCACAAACUGCGGCCACAGGAUCGUUUCAUGGUGAUUGGCUCUGACGGCCUCUGGGAGACGCUGCACAGACAGGAAGUGGUUCGUAUUGUGGGGGAGUAUUUAACAGGGGUGCACCAGCGCCAGCCCCUCAAAGUCGGAGGCUACAGGGUCACCCUGGGACAGAUGCAGGGCCUGCUUGAUGAGAGAAAGGCUCGCAUGUCUUCGGCUUUUGAGGAUCAGAACUCUGCAACCCACCUGAUACGUCACGCGGUGGGAAACAACGAGUUUGGCACGGUGGACCACGAGAGGCUGUCAAAAAUGCUGUCCCUGCCCGAAGAGCUGGCUCGCAUGUACCGUGAUGACAUCACCAUCAUCAUCGCUCAGUUCAACCCUCACGUGAUUGGAGCACAGAGACAGGACGGGCAAUCCUGAGCUGUACAAAAGCCAUUCACUGGUGUUUUAUUGUGGAGUACACACACUUGUGUAACCUCUACACAAAAGCACACUCUGUGGACAAACAGGCCAUAUUAAGAAAAUAUCUGACCUUUUAUUUAAGUAAAGAGUUUGUAUGUUUGUAUGCCAUACAAGAGACGAUCCUGUUCCCCAUGAAGUUCUGAUCUCCGUUGGAUCGAAGCCUCUUGUAUAAAAUCCUAUUUAUGCUACACAUAUCUUCUGGCAACUGUUUGAUAUUCCCUGCGUGGUUGAUAAGAUGCUGUUACAAACUGAUUUUUGUGCCAAAAGAUUCAACCUCCUCAUCUGCUGAAAGAUCAGCAGGGUUGAAAUGAUAGAGAUUCCAAAGAGGGUAAAGGUAAAGCUGUCGUGGUGGAUGCAGCACUGACUGGACCGGCUUCUCUGAAGUAGACUCUAACUGGGCUGGGUCAUUCUAACUCCAAUACUCUCUUUCUCUGCUGUCUGGUUUUGUAUUUGCAUCCCAGGCUCAAUAUUUCUCAUAUUCUAGGCUGCUCCUGCAUCUGUUAUGACUGGACCGUUACAUUUGUUUGUUUUUACUCCUUUUGUGUAUGUCAUCGUAGGAGAAACUUUUAGUACUGUCCAAACAUACACGUUGUUCUGUGUCUACGCUUCAGUCUGUGAGCUGAUGAUGAAGUUUACUCCAUUGGAUUUCAAGUGAAACACUGUCUGUCAAGUUUAAGUGAGCUUUUAAAGUGUUUAUAUCCAUAUUGGGUGAACAAAAUAAGGGUCUAAAAUUACAGUUGACAGUUAACACUUAUAGUGUAGUGGUUACCAUCCUGUGUGGCACCCAUAAUGACUCCCAAAACACAUUUUCACAUCAUGUGUCACAAGAUAAUAGGGAAGAAAGAGGAACAAUUAUUCUGUUACACAAAAUUGAAUAUAUUUAAUUAGAUACUGAAUACCUCUACAAUUUGUCAAAUGAAACAAGUUGAAUAAAGAAAUAGACGUUUCUUCAUUCAUAAGCGUCACAAGCCAAAAAGAGAAUGUUUUCAUUUUGAAUUUAACAGGCUGGAGCAAAGAGCAGAACAAAUAUUUACAGACUGAACAUGCACCGUGCACCACUACAGGUAGACUUAGAAGUAAUAAUUAAGGGAGUUACUCUCUAUUUAUACAAUGCAGUUCCACUUUGAAUAGGUGGCAGAGGUAGAUUCGAACAUGUAUGUAUGCAGACAGUGAAAGUGUAUAGUUUUUUUCCAAGCUUUGUGGGGAUCAAAGGGAUGCUUUUCAAAGUUCGUCUUGCAUCUUGCAUCCAGCAUUGCCCAAUGCAGUUUUUUUUCUUUCUGAAAGCUAAUAAGCAGUGUGGGUAACAUGUUACAGUUUGGGUUUUUAUUAUUACUUAUGACAGCAAUGGUGAAAACAGGAGCACUCUCCUAAUACUCUCCAGUUAAACACUAAUGACGGGGUUGUAGCUGUGUGGUCAAGUGUAUUUAGGCCCAAAUGAAUAAGAAGAAUGUAAUUUGAAAGAAGCUGAAUAUUAAGGAUUAUUGUUUCAGCUUUUGCGGGAUGUUACACAUCUUUAUCUACAGUGGUAUGUGUAAAUUAUGUGGGUUACAUUUUGUAUAUGGAAUGGUUUAAUAAAACACUGAAUACACAUCA